AUGGCUGAGGAACAGAGAGAUGCGCUCACAGAGAGUGCCGAGCUGAGUGAGCAAAAACUGGAGGAUGGCUUCACCUCAGACCAAGGCGGAAGCAGCGCGAACGAGAACGACUUGUUUGGAGAGGACUCGGAUGUCUCGGGCAGCGACGACGCCGAUGAAGCCGACGAUGGGGCAAGCGAGGACAGCGGGAGCAGGCGGUCGCGGGGAACAGGGCAUGGACUGGGCGCGGAGGACAACGAAGAACAGGAAAUGUACAACCGGAAGUUCUACGGCGAUGACCUGCAGCAGGCCUCAGAUCUAUCGGAUGAGGACGAGGCGCGGGAGAUAAAGGAGGCGGACCUGGAGCUGGUGAAGCACGUUGUGCCCUACUAUACAACAAGCCACUCGAAGGAAGAGACUAUAUACUACACCAAAGUGCCGCAGUUUCUAACGAUCGAUCCCGUGCCCUUCGACCCGCCCAGCUUUCAGGGGCAGAUAGAAAAGCGGAUGGCCCGCUUUUCGUCGAAAGAGGACCAGCUGGGAGACAGCCUGAUCGACGAGAACACGAUCAGAUGGCGCUAUUCCCGCGGCAGUGACCAGCGCGUUUUCAAGGAAUCCAACGCGCAAGUCAUUGAGUGGUCCGAUGGCACGCUGUCGCUCAAACUGGGCGACGAGUACACAGACAUUCUGACCAACGAGAUCGAGAACACGUAUCUCACGGUCUCGCACGAGCAGCAGGAAAUCAUGCAGUGCGUCGAAGGCGGCACCAUCUCGAACUCCAUGCUCUUCAUACCCACCUCUACAAACUCCAAGAUACACAAGCGUCUGACAAAGGCCAUCGCCAGGCGAGAGGCGCGCGAGCAUUCCGGGCCCUCCACGUAUAUUGUCCGCAAGGACCCCGAGCUAGAAAAGAGAGAACUACAAAAGAAGCAUGACCAGGUACUGCGAGAGCGCAGAAAACGACAGCUCAAGGAGCAGCUGGACCGCGACAAUCUGGAGGGAGGCCUCGCGCAGGGCUCCUUCGAGUUCAAGAAGGCUGCUGGGCGCGCCGCCCCAUACUCCCGCUCCAUGGAAGACGAGUACGAUGACGAAGACGGCUUUAUCGAUGACGACGACGACCUCGAAGCGCUGUCGGAUAACGACGACGCCGCUGACAGUCUGCCGGGCAGCCCGACUGCCUCGCAGGAUGAGGAGGAUGACCUAAACGCCGCGCGUCUGCAGCAGCUGAAACGCGAGGGCGCAGCCAAGUACGCUGCUGCCCCGCCGGCCCCGCGCGCAGAUGAAGAGGUCGCUCUCAAGCGUCGCAAGGUGGCUGUUCUCGACUCAGACGACGAGUAG